AUGCUGCAAGUCGACAAGCAUCGCAACGCUUACACUUGCGGUCUUUUGGCUGGAUUGUACGGUCUUCUAUUCGGCUGGGACACGGGCAUGAUCGGCGGUCUUCUGGACAGCGCAUCCUUCCAGCACUCUUUCGCUCUUCCAUCCGGCUCGCAAUCGCUAGCCAAUUUCAAAGGCAACAUCGUCUCCACUCUGCAAGCUGGUUGUUUCCUCGGCGCCGCUUCCGCACUGCUAUUGCCCGAUCGAAUCGGAAGGCGCAAAUCGUUGAUCCUUGCUGCCCUCGUCGCUCUGGCCGGGACGGCGGUGCAGACUUGCUGCGCUGUUGGCGCCCAACAUCCCGAACAAGCGCUUGUGCAGCUGUAUGUUGGAAGGUCGAUCGGCGGGUUCGGAGUGGGUCUGGCAUCUUCCGUCGUGCCAACUUAGUAAGUGUGCUUCUUGAUCAUACCGACUUGCAAGUAUGUCUGCCCCCCAUGCAGAACAUCGUCAUGCUUGCACGCACGACAGCAUCGCGGAAAUCGCGCCCAAAGAAAGCAGGGGACAACUUUCUUGCUCCUUCCAACUAUUUGUUGGUGAGUCCAGCUUGUGACUGUAUCACCUGCACCUCGACGAUCACCGACUGAUCGAUUUGCUAUCUGCGAGAAACAUAGUGACGGGCAUGAUGAUCGCUUUCUUCGUCAACUAUGGUCUGUCUCUGCGGUUCGGCGCAGCCUCUCAAGAUCCUACGGAGUGGAGAGUGGCUUUUGGUCUGCAGUGAGUCGCAAAGCAUCGUCGACGUCCCAAGGCUGCUGACCGUCAUCUUGCUUGCGUGCGCGUAUCCCGAUGCAGGGCUCUGCCUGCGCUGCUUGCACUCCUCGGUACCCUUUCCCCAUACUGCCCCGAGUCUCCUCGAUGGCUUGUUCAACACGGUAGUCAAGAUCUUGCCAGAGACUCUCUGAGAAGAUUGCACAAAUCUAGCGAAGAUGUCUACGUAGCUGACCUGUUAGCAGAGAUCAGCUGUGAUUUGCAAGGAAGCGCCGAUCCUGGUCUCAAAGCUGCCUGCAGAGAAAUGUUGACGGAUAGAAUGACGCUCUAUCGAUGUCUUGUCCCGGCCAUCGUCAACUUUCUGCAACAGUGGACAGGUGUCAAUGGCGUGGUGAGGUCGCAAGCGUACGCGAUCCGGGGCACAGUCGGCUGGACUGACAGCAAGCUUAUGUUUCGCCUCAACAGAACUACUACAGCCCACAAAUCUUUCGCACUUUGGGUCUGCGCGGUCGAUCCACCGGUCUGUUCGCCACAGGCAUUUACGGCGUGGUCAAAGUUACGACGACGUUCCUCUUCAUGUGUUUGGCCAUCGAGCAGCUGGGUCGCAAAUGGUGUCUGAUCAUAGGUGGCCUCAUCCAAUGCUUCUGUCUGUGGUGGAUUGGCACUUUUUUAGCUAUCGCUGGUGAAGAUCCCGCCCGACAUAAAGGCAUCGCUUACCUCACCAUUGCCAUGUUGUACUUGUUCGUCAUCGGAUUCGGAUUGGGGUGGAGUGGACCUGUCUGGACUGUCAGUAGCGAGGUACCGCCUCAAAGACUCAGAGCUCUGGCCAUGUCUCUGGGUCAGUCCGCCUAGCUACUCUUCCUGGCCAGAAGCCGAUAGCUGACCCGCGUAUGAUUCGACACCUCUUGUAAAAGGUACGAUGAGCAACUGGCUCUUCAACGCAUGCGUAGCUCGAGCCACGCCCAACAUGCUAGCCAGCGUGAGCGAUGCUGCUGCCCUUUAG